AUGAGAUAAACUGAUCUUGUGCUCCUGUUUCAUACAACUGCACUGAAACACUAGUUGGAGAGAGAGAGAGAGAGGGAGAGAGAAAGAGAGAGAGAACAGAAGGAAGAGAGAGGUAGAGUGAAGGAGGGAGGUACGGACAGUGAGUUAGGCAUUAGUUUGUGUAGAACAAGAGCUUUCCAAGGCAAGGGGACAACAUAGUCGAGAGAAAGACAGAAAUAUCACAGGUAAGGUCAAGAAAGGACAGAAAAGGAGGAAAAAUAAACCAACGAAAAAGAAAGACAAAGAAAAAUCCUUAGGUCUACUCCUUAGUUAUGAGGGAAACACAGCCAUAUGCCAUCCUGUGUCUGGUUGCGUCGAGUCUCCUGAUGGUUUGGACGCCGCCUGUGCUGGCAUCGGUGGUGACCGACUUCAACCACGCCGAGCGCUGCAAGAACUCUCUGUACAUGGGCACCCCGCCGCGAGGGUACCUCAGCCACGCUCUCAAGAAGGUCUGCCAGCGCUACGAGGACAAGCCGCGCUACGUCACCCUCUACGAUCCCCAGAAGCGCAUCCCUGUCUACUCGGCCUACAUCUUCAAGAAAACUGACGGUGAAAAGACUGUGGACAUGCCCUGGAUGUUCGAGCCUCAGCUUUCAUCGGACAAAGGCAGCAGCAACAUGGAGGCUUUCCCCCAGUCUGCCAAGAUGCACAAGAACUUCGAGGACACGCAGGCGAUUCUGGAGGACUACGCCGACGUGGUCCAGUACGAGCGGGUCCUCCUGAACCCGGACGAGCACCAGUCUGACCCGGAGGACAAGGCGGCCACAUACACACUCACCAACGUGGUGCCGCAGCUCCGGGAGUUCAGCACGGGCCCCUGGGCCAAGCACAAAGACACCCUGCGUCGCCGACUCAACAACUUCUGCCGCGGCACGGCUUACAUGAUCACCGGGGUGACGACCUCGGGUCACAUGAUCCGCCGAGACAACCUGGACCGCGUGGCUGUUCCCGAGCACUUGUGGACUGCCUACUGCUGCCCCGAUCACGACCGCAACGCCCCCUAUGCCGAGCGCUACAAGUUUCCAGCCUACGCAGCGUUCGGCCUCAACGACCGCGUCAACAACCACAUGCAGGAGCUCUCCAUAAGUGACCUGCAGAGGUUCCUGAAGAACCACAUGGAGGUUGACAAGAACUUCCAGAUCUUCUAUAAUGACUGUAUACCAGAUUCGUGAUGGGCUGUAAAAUUCCUAUAGUUAGUUAUUGGUCCUGCAAAUGAUUAUUAUUCCUACAUUUGGCAAUAUAGUAGGACACACCUAACAACACAAAUAACAUAGUUUGAAAAUAUAUAAUAGUUGAUCUGUUUAGCAUAAAAGUUGUGUAAUUGAAAUAGCUCAAAGUAUUAUUCAAUUAGUCACAAGGCCCAAAGUCCAUCUGCUUAUACUUAUAAAAUACUGUGACUAGAUUAUACUUAUAAAAUACUGUGACUAGAUGUAGCCUAUAUUAUCAGUUGUCCACUUGACUUAAAAGUGCAUUACACGAUUUAUAAAAAUGUAGACAAAGAAGCUGCAUAUAACAGACUUUAGCCUUUCAUAAACUCCUAAAGUUAAUAUAAAAACUACAAUUUGUUUUUCUUGAAAUAAUGUUUUAUUUCACUCUGAUUUAUUUUUAAUCAUUUUUCUCUUUACUUGGUAAUUCAAGAUAAUCUAUUUAGAUUGAAGUAUACACUUAAUAUUUAUAGGAUUCUGCAUUCAAGGAGCCAACCUUUCAGAAAAUCAAUGAACUUGAGUGUGUGUGGUUAACUAUACUGUAUUGAAUGUAGGUCAUCGUAGUCAUUAAAGAUUGUAUCAUGUUUCAGGACAAUGCUGCCACUUGCAUGCUUUAGGCAAUUGUUAUUUAGCAUGCUUACUGGUGGAACAUUGUUAAUAAGCACCUGCAAACAGUCUCAUUUUGAGUAAAGCAUGUCAUCUAUUUUUUUCCCCAUUCCAAAGAUGUGUGGUUUCAAAUGUCAUUACUACUGUAAUCAUAAAUAAAGGCGUUGAACAUG